CGAAACCGCUCCAUUCAUCCUCCCCAUCACAGAGAAGAAACAAAUAGGUGGCGUUUCUCUGUUGAAGUACAGUUUACUCCUCCAACCGCGAGAGUACAAGUCACUUUGAGCGAUACAUAAAAGACCGGAUACUUCUCUCACGAUAUUUGGAGAGGUAGAAAGAUGGGGAAACACAACAGCAAGCUUGCUCCUGAGGUGCUAGAUGACUUGACCAAGAGUACAGAGUUCAACGAAGCUGAGCUGAAGCAGUGGUACAAGGGAUUCCUGAAGGACUGUCCAUCUGGCAUCCUCAAUCUGGAAGAGUUCCAGCAACUCUAUGUCAAGUUCUUUCCUUAUGGCGACGCUUCAAAAUUUGCCCAGCAUGCCUUUCGGACAUUUGACAAAAACGGUGAUGGUACCAUUGACUUCAGGGAGUUCAUCUGCGCACUGUCCAUCACUUCCAGGGGAAGUUUUGAGCAGAAACUCAACUGGGCCUUCAACAUGUACGACCUGGACGGAGAUGGCAAGAUCACACGUAUGGAAAUGCUAGAGAUCAUUGAGGCAAUCUAUAAGAUGGUUGGCACGGUGAUCAUGAUGCGUAUGAACGAGGACGGGCUGACCCCACAGCAGCGUGUGGACAAAAUCUUCAGCAAGAUGGACAAGGAUCACAACGACGAGAUCACACUGGAGGAGUUCAAAGAGGCAGCCAAGAGCGACCCCUCCAUUGUUCUUUUACUGCAGUGUGACAUGCAGAAGUAAGGAAGGAGAGGAAGAAGAGGAGUGAAGGGGGUGUAGGGAGUGGAGGAGAACCAUGUACAGACUUCUAGAGAGAUGUAGGUAAUAGAUAAUGAGAGAAAAUGUACAUACAGUUGAACAUAAGUUAGACUGCAUGAUAAUCUUGGCAAUGCUGAGGGAAUGCUUAUGGCCAUUUGGAAUGAUUAAUGAAAGUAAUGCAAGCGAGAGUCUUUUCCACUCUGUAUCACUUAUUACACAUUCUGUCUGCUUUCCAGCCUCAAGAAUCAAAAAGUUUGAAAGAUUGAAUACUGAAGACAUUUCUUUCCUCAAAAAGGUCGCUAUUGAGCCAACAGACAGGCAUCUAGCUCUCUUUUUAGGAUUAAAAACAUAUUUGAACAAUUUAAUUUAAUAAUUAUAAAUGAUUUAAUAAUAAUUUAAUUCUGAUCCAUUUUAAUCCAAGAUUAAAAUGGAUCAGAAUAACAAUAUAUGGGAACUAUAUACACUUGGAAAAAAAAUGGUGUAGAAACAGUUGUCAUUUGGGAAUUGUUAGUAAAUUUCACAAAUAAUUACAAAGAAAUGGCAAACAAGACAUGAAUUAAACAUGACAUUUUAAAGUAGAAAGACAUACAUACUACAAUAAUAAUCUUUGAACUUAAAACAAUCAUUUUAUUUACAGUGUACUGGAUUUAUUUAUUUAUUUACACUUGAAGUUAAUCUUUAAAAACACAAGUCAUUUAAUAACACUGUUAAAUGUAAUCUUUAGCAAAUCUCAAAAGGAUUUUCCAUUUUUCACACUGUGCAUUUCUUUUUUAUAGAAAUGAAUUUAUAUUUUAUUCAUUUAUCUACAGAAACAGUGUCGAGAUCACAAGAACACAAGAAAGAGGGCUUCCAUAAUUUAUCGGUUAUUGCACAUAACAAUAAUUAUCUGCUUAUUGGAUAACAGCCAAAUGUUUAUACCAUGCAUCUUUUUUAUUAUUUAUUUAUGUUUUUUCCCCACACUGAAAAUGACAGAACAGCAACAGGUUGUGCCAGAGGAGGAGUAUUACAGAAUGUAUUGUAGAAAACACAGAGAGUUCAGGGCAGGACUGUAUCCUUUGACAUUUGUGGAUGCCUUCAAAUGCAGCGCUUUACCCCACUAGAUAACACUCCAGCGACUAAUACUGUCACAUCAGUCAAUGCCAUAAACUGAUGAUACCAUCAUGAAGCAUAGGCUUCUAAUUGUUAUUGGCUGAGAUAAAACUGAAAAGCCAUGGCUGAGUAAAAGGAUGAUAUUUCAUAACGGGUCAUGCCAGAAAAUGAGGAGUAGCAUUUAUUAACUAGAGAACUGACAAAAUAUGUACAUGAUGACAUUCUGUACAUAAUGCCUAUACACAUGCUUAAUAUGUACAUGUAAAUGUUUCUCUGCUUUCAUAAUCUGACACAGCUGCAAUGAUUUGUGUGCUAACACACAAAAAAAACUUUACUGUACUUACGUACGUGGGUCUGUCUGUGGAAGAGGAAACUAAUGUGUGCAUUUUCUUCAUUAUAAUCUGGUGUGAAAGCUGCAGUGUGAGUGUGUGCGAGUUCAUGUAAGAGAACACAAAUGCCUCAACCUUUGUAUUAAUUCUUUCUUAUGAAUUCACGCCAGUGCUAGGAGUAUUACGCCGUCGUGUUUGUUGUACCUGGUGUGGCUGGUGAGCUGUUUUUUUUGUCACGAGAGCUUUAGUUUAAUUUAGUCUUCAUGAGUUCAUCUCUUAUUUCACAAGCUUUGCAGGUGUCAGCCAAGAGGAUUUUAAUUGUGUGAAUAUUGUCAAUGUUAAACUACCUUUCUUUACUCUUGUAAUAUAAUUGGACACAAAUGUAAACCAGACAUAGAAUGUGUUGUUCUUGUCAUUGUUACUAUGCCGCAAUACUUACUAACAUGAGAAUACUGUUGCACUAUGUAGUGAGUAGAGGCAAUACAGCUUUAGUUUUAGACUGCCUCCCUGUGGUGAAAGAUGUUAAUUAACUUGGCCUUGUUAACUUUAGCAGCAGAUCUUCAAACACUAUGAUUUCACUCAGAACCAGGGCUGUCAGUCUCGCUAUAGUCUCUUAUAGGGCCCACAGGAGGAAGGGGCCCACAUGUAAAAUAUGUGAAUUUUAGCAGCAACCCCAUUGAAAGGAAUAGCUUACAAUUUGCUGAAAAUUUUGGUUUGUUCCUUAUUUAAACAAAAUUUUCAUUUUGGGGUGGAGUAUCCCUUAAAGUAUAUUCUUUAAAGUAUAUUAAGUACUCUUUCUAAAAGUAUGCAAAAGUGUGCUUCUUUUUCACAAGGGACAAUCAAAUUUAAUUGGUCACUGUCACUGAAUUUGACCUACCACCGCAAUUCAGAACCAGCAUUACUCAAUGUAUGGCCUGCAAUCUUUCAGACUGACCAUCUGACUAUCUAAAGAUCACUGUGAUUAGAUUACAUAAACGCAGUAAUGGUCACGGGUAAUGAUUAUGGGAAGUGCAAAAGGGGCCUUGUAGAUGUUGUGCAAUGUACCGAUCUGCCACUAAAUUUACUCAUGCCCCUGCUAAAAUACAAUGUGAGAAUUUCUGUGCCAAAGACUCGAUAAACAUAAAAUUGGAUAAUAAAUAAGAUAUAUAUGUAUACACACAUGCGAACCUGCACCCAAUAAUUGAACAUGUAUUUCGAUUGCAUUAACAUUUAUAAUACAGCUUGAAAAUUUAAUGUAAGUUUGUCACAUGUGUAAUCUUACACUGCAAAUUCUGGUUAUGUCCCAGAAUAAUAACACUGAAAAGGGAGUAAUUGUGUCCAGUUGUGCAAUGCAAUGCUUUCUGUACUGUAUGUGUGCUGUGCAUUUCUAAAUGCCUGGUUUCUGUUCACUUUUUUCAAUAUCGUAAAGCUUCUGGAACAAAGAUGUGUAAUUAUUUUUGUUACAUAGAGAAUUAAAUAUGUGGAUGUCUACCGAAUCGUC